CGCGGGCGUGGCAGAGACUGGCGGCCCGGAGUCCGCCCUCGCCAAAAGCCCCGCCUCCCCGUAAGCCUCGCCCCAAAGAGCCCCCACUCGAGCUCCGCACACCUGGGCACUAUCAGCCCUGGCUCCGCUGCGCUAGCUCCUCGCCUCUGCCCCGGCGUCACGCUCAGGGAUUGGCAAUGCUCCGCAAGCUGGGCUGGCUGGUUUCCUACAGCCUGGUUGUGCUGUUGCUGGGCUGCCUGCUCUUCCUGAGGAAGGAAGCCAAGCCCAUGGGAGACCCCACAGCCCGCCAGCCUUUCUGGGCUCCUUCAGCACCCUGCCACAGCCGAUGUCCACCCAACCACACAGCGGCUAGUGCCUCUCUGUCCUUGCCUAGCCGUCAUCGCCUCUUUUUGACCUAUCGCCACUGCCGAAAUUUCUCUAUCUUGCUGGAGCCUUCAGGCUGUUCCAAGGACACCUUCUUGCUCCUGGCCAUCAAGUCACAGCCUGGCCAUGUGGAGCGGCGGGCGGCUAUCCGCAGCACAUGGGGCAGGGCUAGGGGCCAGCAGCUGAAGCUGGUAUUCCUCCUCGGGGUGGCAGGACCCACUCCCCCAGCACAGCUACUGGCCUAUGAGAGUAGAGAGUUUGACGAUAUCCUCCAGUGGGACUUCACUGAGGACUUCUUCAACCUGACACUCAAGGAGCUGCACCUGCAGCGCUGGGUGGCAGCUGCCUGCCCCCAGGCCCGCUUCAUGCUAAAGGGAGAUGAUGAUGUCUUUGUCCACGUCCCCAAUGUGCUAGAGUUCCUGGAUGGCUGGGACCCGGCCCAGGACCUCCUGGUGGGAGAUGUCAUCCGCCAAGCCCUGCCCAACAGGAACACUAAAGUCAAAUACUUCAUCCCACCCUCAAUGUACAGAGCCAGCCACUACCCACCCUAUGCCGGUGGGGGAGGAUAUGUCAUGUCCAGAGCCACUGUGCAGCGCCUCCAGGCCGCCAUGGAAGAGGCUGAACUCUUCCCCAUCGAUGAUGUCUUUGUAGGUAUGUGCCUGAAGAGGCUAGGGCUGAGCCCCACGCAUCAUGCUGGCUUCAAGACAUUUGGAAUCCGGCGGCCCCUGGACCCCUUAGACCCCUGCCUGUAUAGGGGACUCCUGCUGGUGCACCGCUUGAGCCCCCUCGAGAUGUGGACCAUGUGGGCACUGGUGACAGAUGAGGGGCUCAAAUGUGCAGCUGCCCCCAUACCCCAGCACUGAGGGGUGGGUUGGGCAACAGCCCGAGUGGACUCUUGAUUUUCUAUGAUGAUCAGAAAUUGUUCCCUGCUGGUCUACAGGAAAUGCCGACUUGAGUUUUUGUAACCCCCUCACCUUGUUAGCUCUAAUUAAAAAUACUGC